AUGGAUCAGUUCAACCCAAGUCUACAGAAGCUAGUGUCUUUGGGAAACAGCUACAUGCAGGCUUUCCAAGCCCUCUCUGUAACCAGUGAGGCUUACUUCAGCACCCUUGCUAAGAUAGGGGAGCAGGCCUUCCACACCAUGUCGUCUCGCUUGAUUGGAGAUGUCCUGAUUCAGAUUUCAGAGAACCAGAGGCGACUCACCGCUGAACUGGAAGCAAUAUUCCGCUGGUUCCACUCUGAGGUGCUGCAGGAGAUGGACAACAAUGUCAAACUGGAUAAAGACUACAUAGCAGGCAGCAGGAGGCGAUAUGAGAUGGAGGUACGGACCCAGGCCACAUCUUUAGAGAGGCAGCUGAGGGGAGGGGCUUACCAGGAUGAGUACAUUCACUUCCUGAGGGAUAGUCAGCGUGAGGCUCUGAUGGAGGAGGAAAGGAGAUACCGUUUCCUGGCUGAGAAACACUGUGGUCUCACUCAGUCCAUCGUCUAUCUCAUGAACAAGACAGGGGCAGGGGGAGGCCUACAGCAGAUAGCUGAUGGAUUGAGAGACCAGGUCAAUGCCACCAGAGGACCUGGAUCCCAGAACCCCUGUCGCCUGGACAACACGUCCAGAAUGAGGGAGGAGGAUAGGUGGAGCCAAUGGUCAGGCAAAGAGGAGCAGCCUCUGGGAAGAGUGCCCUCCAGAGGCCCAUCACCCCAAAACACCCUUUCCCGCUCCAGCUCAGUUGGUGAGUCCCUAGGUCUGGGUGGAGGUGGAGGAGGGAGACCUAUGAGAGCUCUGGUGUCCCACCCCGCUAACUCCAACAGCCCCACCCUGCUGCCCUUCUCCAGAGGGGAGGUGGUGAGCGUGCUGGUGCAGGAUCCCCGUAACGGCUGACUCUACGGCCUGGCAGAGAACAGCUCACGUCAGGGCUGGUUUCCAGCUGCCUAUGUGGGGCCACUGGAGGAGGCCCCUAAAUCAACUGGCUCCAGUAGCGCCACCCUUAGGAGCGGCCACAGUAUGGACAACCUGCUGGACCAAUCAGGAAGCAGCAGCCACGGCAGACCCCCGCCCCCGCCUCCGCCCAAUAGACAGACAGAGCUGCAUCCAAUCACACCCAUCGUGGAGAGAAGGGCAGAGUCUCACUCUGACAACAGGGUAGUGCUGCCUGGGUGAAUGAUCACUGAGAGUUGAGAGCGCCAUGGUGGACCUGGGCCAAACCUCUUCCCAAAGGGCACUAACCCUUUCGCCACUGUCAAGCUGAAGCCCACAUCCACAGAUGACCGAUCUGCUCCACGGCUCCGUCGGUGAAGAGGCCACGCCCUGGAGAGGUACUGGGCGCAUUCCAGGUUGACUACAUUUCAGUCGUUGGAUUGCAUCAAAAAAUUGUUUCAUGCCACUUUAUUGACUGUGCAGCCGACCGCUAUAUCAUAUGAUUCACUGAUCUGUUAAAUAAAUAUUUAUCCAGGCGGGUAUGAAAUGUAGUCAGCCUGAAACGCGUCCACUACCAUGCAGCAGGGGUUUUAGGAUUGAUGCCCUAAAACUGCCCCAAACCUUCCCAAAUGGUUGAAAACUGUCUUAAAACUUCCCCAAAUUUUCCCUAAGCAGCCCCUAAUACCAAUCUUGUACAGUAGGUUAUUUAUAUCCAUAUUAUGGAGUUUAUCGGAUGACUACAGUGAUAAAGGAAGUUCAGGGGGCAAUGUAAGAUGCCAGAAUCCCUAAUAUAUGCUUGGUGCACUGAUUGACCUGAAAGGUGCAUUAAUAAUUUUUAUUUCAUUAGUGAGACAAAUCUUUGAGAGCUCUCAUUUAUGCACUUUUCUUCAGAAUCAGGGAUAUACAUGUCAGGUACAGGAAAUAUCAUGGUAGAAGAAGUUGUUUUUAUCAAAGCUUUUUGCAUUGUUGUCUUCAAGUAGCUCUUUUAUUUAGCUUUGCUUGUACAGUAACAAUAUGGCAGUUUAAACCAAUACAUAACUUUGAUACUAAACUACAGUGAACCACAGUGAGCUAAUCUUUCUCUUCGGAAUGCCAUGUAGAUAGAUUGUUAUGACAGACAGAGCUGCAUCCAAUCACACCCAUCGUGGAGAGAAGGGCAGAGUCUCACUCUGACAACAGGGUAGUGCUGCCUGGGUGAAUGAUCACUGAGAGUUGAGAGCGCCAUGGUGGACCUGGGCCAAACCUCUUCCCAAAGGGCACUAACCCUUUCGCCACUGUCAAGCUGAAGCCCACAUCCACAGAUGACCGAUCUGCUCCACGGCUCCGUCGGUGAAGAGGCCACGCCCUGGAGAGGUACUGGGCGCAUUCCAGGUUGACUACAUUUCAGUCGUUGGAUUGCAUCAAAAAAUUGUUUCAUGCCACUUUAUUGACUGUGCAGCCGACCGCUAUAUCAUAUGAUUCACUGAUCUGUUAAAUAAAUAUUUAUCCAGGCGGGUAUGAAAUGUAGUCAGCCUGAAACGCGUCCACUACCAUGCAGCAGGGGUUUUAGGAUUGAUGCCCUAAAACUGCCCCAAACCUUCCCAAAUGGUUGAAAACUGUCUUAAAACUUCCCCAAAUUUUCCCUAAGCAGCCCCUAAUACCAAUCUUGUACAGUAGGUUAUUUAUAUCCAUAUUAUGGAGUUUAUCGGAUGACUACAGUGAUAAAGGAAGUUCAGGGGGCAAUGUAAGAUGCCAGAAUCCCUAAUAUAUGCUUGGUGCACUGAUUGACCUGAAAGGUGCAUUAAUAAUUUUUAUUUCAUUAGUGAGACAAAUCUUUGAGAGCUCUCAUUUAUGCACUUUUCUUCAGAAUCAGGGAUAUACAUGUCAGGUACAGGAAAUAUCAUGGUAGAAGAAGUUGUUUUUAUCAAAGCUUUUUGCAUUGUUGUCUUCAAGUAGCUCUUUUAUUUAGCUUUGCUUGUACAGUAACAAUAUGGCAGUUUAAACCAAUACAUAACUUUGAUACUAAACUACAGUGAACCACAGUGAGCUAAUCUUUCUCUUCGGAAUGCCAUGUAGAUAGAUUGUUAUGACAAGUGAGUUUGAGCUACUAACUUAACAGUGCUAUUUUGUCCAGUGCCUUUAGUAAAUGUACUAUACGAUUUGUAUGUGUUUGUUUGUUCAUGCAGGCAGUAGGGUGGCCUACUACUCUAGUGAAGAACCCGGGGUUGUCAAUUCUAAUCCACUAAUGGGAUACUUAACCUAAAUUACCCUUAGUGUGUACCCAGUAUGUAAAUGGCUGACGUGAGAGUGUUGAGCUAAUGUUAUAGCUGUAACUAAACAAAUUAUUUUUACUUUACUGCUAGAAUAAAAAUGGCAGCUGCUUUUCACAUGGUUUCAAAUUCCUUUAAUCAGACAGAAAUACAUCCCCUGAUUCUUACGUUUUUUUAGUUGCUGGCGAUAUUUUACACAUUUAUUUUCUAGUUAUUGAGGGCCACUCGGUAGUGCUGAGCGAUUAA